GCCUGCCUGCCGAAGUUGUGAGCGCAGGAGGAGUGGCGCUGGCGAAGCCCACUUCGCCGUGGGUCGGUCGGGGAGGCAGCAUGUCGGGAGCGGCGCUCCGGUGCGGUCGGGGAAAAGGCUGCGCUCUGCCCAGGAGUGUUCAACUAAUGGAACCCAAGUUAACUUAAAUCUAUAUGAAGCUGAUGACUACAGAAAGAAGACUAGAAAGGCAUUAAUCAGAGAAGUGUAUUUAAUAUAUGAUGGAACAUAUAUUUCAAGAGUGGAUUUUUGAUGUCUGUUUCACUGAUUUGAAGUUGAUUUGGAGGAUUAAGGGAAAGUGGGACAUGUGUGCUUUGUUACUUAUCUAAUAUCCUGAAGAAGAGUUCAAAAUGUUUUCUACAUAAAAGGAAAAAAAUUCAGGCCCACAGGAUUGUGAAGUUGUAGUGUGAAUAUGGGUGAAAAGAAACCAGAACCUUUGGAUUUUGUAAAAGAUUUUCAGGAAUAUCUGACUCAGCAGACUCACCAUGUGAACAUGAUUUCAGGCUCUGUUAGUGGGGACAAAGAAGCAGAGACUCUUCAGGGAGCAGGGACAGAAGGUGAUCAAAAUGGACUAGAUCAUCCUUCGGUCGAAGUCUCACUGGAUGAAAACUCUGGAGUGUUAGUCGAUGGGUUUGAAAGAACUUUUGAUGGAAAAUUGAAAUGUCGGUAUUGUAACUAUGCCAGCAAAGGAACAGCACGUCUCAUAGAACAUAUCAGAAUUCACACAGGUGAGAAACCACACAGAUGCCACUUAUGCCCCUUUGCAUCAGCAUACGAACGUCACUUGGAAGCUCAUAUGCGAUCGCAUACAGGUGAAAAACCUUACAAAUGUGAAUUGUGUUCAUUCCGCUGUAGUGACAGAAGCAACCUGUCUCACCACCGCAGGCGCAAACAUAAAAUGGUGCCUAUAAAAGGUACAAGGCCUUCCCUUAGUAGCAAGAAGAUGUGGGGUGUCUUGCAGAAGAAGACCAGUAACUUGGGGUAUAGUCGAAGGGCGCUAAUAAACUUGAGUCCACCUUCCAUGGUGGUUCAGAAGCCGGACUACCUUAACGACUUCUCUCAUGAAAUCCCAAACAUUCAGACUGAAGCAUAUGAAAGUAUGACAAAGCCAACAGAGACCGGUGGGUUACCAAGAGAUCCACAAGACCUUAUGGUAGAUAACCCUUUAAACCAGCUAUCUACUUUAGCAGGACAGUUGUCUAGCCUGCCCCCUGAAAACCAAAACCCGCCCUCUCCUGAUGUUGUACCAUGUCAAGAUGAAAAGCCUUUUAUGAUGCAGCAGCCUGCUGCGCCAGCAGCCGUUCCAGCGGUGUCGACCAGUAUUCCUCAGAGUUCAUCCCCUACAAGUCCUGAUCCUCGCCCUGCACAUUCUCAAAGAAACUACAGUCCAGUCGCAGGUCCCAGCAGCGACCACAGUGCUCAUGCCAGCACCCCAAGCAUAAGUAAUAGUCAGCCAAGUACUCCAGCACCAACUCUUCCAGUUCAAGAUCCUCAGCUUCUGCAUCACUGCCAGCACUGUGAUAUGUAUUUUGCUGACAAUAUUCUUUAUACGAUCCACAUGGGAUGUCAUGGCUUUGAGAACCCUUUCCAGUGCAACAUAUGUGGUUGCAAAUGUAAAAACAAGUAUGACUUUGCUUGCCAUUUUGCCAGAGGCCAACAUAACCAGCAUUGAUUGAAUAUAAGUUAUACCAUGCAUUCAUUUAUCAGUGUUUGUUUAAACACAUUGCUGUCUGUCUCUUUGUUGCUACUGGAGAGGUUGCGUGCCCUUUUGGAGGAAUCCAGUUAAGCAGAUUUAACAUCAAAGGCAAUUACCUUUACACGCUUUCAUUAUUUGCUAGAGACGUGCUUGUUUACCAUGGUGGCAUUCUUUACAUGGUUCCUAAAAUAAGAAUUGAGGUUUGUAGUGCAAUUAUUAUUAUUACUAUUAAUGGAUAAUCAGUGCAACACAAUAUAUACAGACCUAACAUAAUGUGGAUCUUGUGAAUCAACACUUGUGUCCAAGUAAUUAACAAAUACUUAACAUUAAGCUGAGCUACUGGAGUAGCCUUUAGUUUAAUUCCGUCAUAACAGAAUGCACUCAGAUAUUUUCAGUGUAGAAGCUAUAUGCAACUGUGUAUAAACUGACCAUCCCGUAAACCGCUAUAAAAUAUUGUUUAAAGAGUAAACAGAGAUAAAGUUGAUGUCUACAACAAAACUUAAAUCUAGGAAAAGUUUAAUUGCUGUGAGGCCUUUAAUAAAGCUUCUGUGGUAAUAGUGAGUCAUGAUGUGGAAAACUAAGAGUAAAAAUGUGAAAUAGGGUACAAAGGCAUCCACUUUUCAUUACUGCUGACCCCCCCCCCUUUAAAGGAAUACAAGGAAACAGUGCCUAGUAUUAAAUGUCUGUAAUUUUUAAAACUGUGUGCAGAAAGAAAACAUUGGAAGAAAAUGGGUAAUGUGUUAAAAUACUGUACCAUAAUCUUCAUACCUAGCUUGCAUUGGAUUGCAUUGCAAAGAACUUCAUUACCAUGUAAAUGCUAAUGUGUAAGUUGUUUUGUCUUUACCUUCUGGUAGUAAUGUUUUUUACCUGAAAAUGAAGUGGCAAGGCGGUUAUGAUAAUCCAUUCAGAUUUCACAUGGGUCAUUUUAUCUGUGAAUGAUGAAUGUACUUCUU